AUCCAAUUCCUAGUUAGCCGACUGGCUUGCACGUUUCUCUCCUCUUCAAUGGCGUCGUCGCUCACGUCGUUCUCCUCGGUCUUUGGCCACCCUCACUGCGGUCUCCGCCUCAAUAAGCUCCACAGUCGAUGCCGCUUUGGCCUCAGGGUUCUGCCCCCACCGAAGCCCCAGGCUUCCGUUUCCCGCUGCUUCUGCCACCGCACGUCACGGCCGCUUAGACAGACCUUUCCUCUCGCUCCCUCCUCCAGAAGCUUCUCGCAAUCACAUAUCUCUGCUCAUGAGGGCCCAAGCCUCCGCCACUUCAUUGCUCAAGCUGCUCUCACUGCUUCCUCCGAAGCCCGACCCGACCAAUUACCUACUUCAGAAGUUAGUUCAAGAGGGCGUAUCUAUCAUGAGACUUACGGAUGUCAGAUGAAUAUCAAUGAUAUGGAAGUUGUCCUAUCUAUCAUGAAGAAUGCUGGAUAUAGCGAAGUAGUGGGUGUUCCAGAGAGCGCAGAGAUUAUUUUUAUCAACACUUGUGCUAUUAGGGACAAUGCAGAACAAAGGGUGUGGCAGAGGCUUAACUACUUUUGGUUUCUUAAGAGACACUGGAAGAGCAAUGUCGCUAUUGGAAGGUCGAGUUCCCAGCGCCCUCCAAAGGUAGUGGUUUUGGGAUGUAUGGCUGAAAGGUUAAAGGACAAGAUCCUUGAUGCAGACAAGAUGGUCGAUGUGGUCUGUGGACCUGAUGCUUACAGAGACUUGCCAAGAUUGUUAGAAGAGGUAGACUAUGGUCAGAAGGGGAUCAACACUCUUCUUUCACUUGAGGAGACCUAUGCAGAUAUUAGUCCAGUUCGAAUCUCAAACAAUUCAGUUACUGCUUUUGUUUCAGUGAUGAGAGGUUGCAAUAAUAUGUGCUCCUUUUGCAUUGUUCCUUUUACAAGAGGCAGGGAGCGGUCGCGUCCAGUGGACUCGAUAGUGAGGGAGGGGGAGCUUUGGAAUGGAGGAGUUAAAGAGGUAACACUUCUCGGCCAGAAUGUAAACAGCUAUAAUGAUGCAUCUAUUGAUGAAAAUGAAGUUGAACCCGGGACUAAUUGGAGACUUAGUGAAGGAUUUUCCAGCAUGUCCAAGGUCAGAAAAAUGGGUUUACGUUUUUCUGAUCUCUUGGAUCGACUAUCCUCAGAAUACCCUGAAAUUCGGUUCCGAUUCACAUCCCCACAUCCUAAAGAUUUCCCUGAUGACUUACUCUAUUUAAUGCGAGACAGACCUAAUAUUUGCAAAUGUAUCCAUUUACCUGCACAAACUGGGAAUACCAACGUACUUGAAAGAAUGCGUCGGGGAUAUACGCGAGAUGCAUACUUAGAUCUUGUGCAAAAGAUACGGAGAAUUAUUCCAGAUGUAGGAAUUACUAGUGAUUUCAUAUGUGGUUUCUGUGGGGAAACAGAGGGGGAACAUGCAGACACGCUAAGCCUUAUUAAGGCUGUUGGUUAUGAUAUGGCAUACAUGUUUGCAUAUAGCAUGAGGGAGAAAACCCAUGCCCAUAGGAAUUACAUUGAUGAUGUUCCUGAGGAAGUCAAGCAGAGGCGACUGGCUGAACUGAUCGAGGCUUUCCGUGAGAGCACAGGUCAGUGUUAUGAGUCCCAGAUCGGAACAGUCCAACUAGUGUUGGUUGAAGGACCCAAUAAGAGAGCUCCAGAUACAGAGCUUAUUGGCAAGAGUGAUAGAGGUCAUAGAGUUUCAUUUGUUAAUCAAUCAGUACCAUCAUGUUCGGAUGAUAAUGUUAACGAGAGACGGAACCCAGUAGUCGGAGAUUAUGUGGAAGUUCAUAUAUUGAAAUCAACACGAGCGUCACUCUUUGGGGAGGCACUUGCUGUAACCAAAUUGAGUUCAUUCUACAACAAUGUGGCUGAAGAAGCUAUUGCUUGUGAAAGCCGAAGUUGACAAUUCCCCGGAUCUGUUUUUGGAUGUGCAAUUCUGUCUUCCCCCUGAAAGAAAUUUACAAGAUUAUUCUUUCCAACAUUAAUAGUGAAGAGGAUCAACAUCUUUUUUAAUAAUUUUCAUGUUUAGUUACAGGUCGAUAGCGCUGUGAUGGAAAGCAUGUGUAGAUUGACAAUUGCAAUCUGCAUUCCAUAAAACCUUAUUUUUGCUCUUAGGCUUUCGGUUUUUGUAUCUUCAAUGUAAUUGCUUAUACAGGGAACUAUUAUUGUAAUCUGAGAUCAAAGAACUGAAGAAGCAACCCAAGAAAUAUGCAAGUGUGCGUAUGUUGUACUGUAAA